CUUUCCCAGCAACACCGAGCAUCGGCAUCGUCUGACAGCGUCUGAGGGCAAAUCUGCUCUCGGCAACUCGUCCUGCUCCUCUGCGCCACUGACCAGGGCAGCGACCAUGGACUGACGGAGCGCAAACGGAGAGAGACAGAGGGAGAGAAACGCCGCCUUGUUUUUGGAGCAUGCACAUAUUUUCUGGACAUACGCUCCUCUGGAUCAUAUGUGCAAGAGCGCCAUGCACGGAUCGAGUGACCACAACGCCUCCGAGAAAAGGGAUGCCACAGUAGAGCAGUGAUAGCAGCAGGAUGCUUCGGUUGUUGCAGUGUGUCUCCCGUAAGAUGGACGAGGCAUUCUGGGGCUGAUAGGAUCUGGCGACUUAUCACGUUGCGGAGGGGGGGGAGAUGUUUGUGCAACUGCCAUAGGCUGUUCAAAGAGGAUGCAUGCCUCCCGUGGCGUCGUGUCUCGCUCGUAACAUGUAGCUGGAGGGACGGCGGAGAGUGCGCAGCUGUUUCUCGGCCAGUGAAGCCCCAGCAGACGCGUCAGCGGAGCGCAUUGUGCCGCCAGCAACCUUCCCCACCUUGAACUUUCCUGCUCCGGAGUGUGAUGCGGGAGCGCAGCCUCCUCCUGAGCUGUCCGCGGUGCUGAACGCGUCCCGCCACCUGCACCGGGUCUCCGCGAGUUGACCUUCCCUUCCACCGAAGCAGGGAAAUCAUCCUCCUGCACCAUCACGCAGCGAGGUGCCAGAAAGCAGGCCACCCCGCACACGGACAGCUGCCGGGCUUGACUGAGUCAGCCGCGACCCGCCGAUUCUCUUUCAUGGCUGUGGCACGCAAAAUCAAAACUUUGCUGACCGUCAACAUCUUGGUGUUCGUGGGGAUUAUCCUGUUCUCGGUGUACUGCAGGAUCCAGGACCGAUCCGAGGAGCUCAUCCAGCUGGGGCGCAUCUCUGACCAGAGGCUGCGAGCCAGGAAUGGCAAAGUUUCCAACUUGGUGGACAGGCAGUCUAUUCUGCAGAGGCUGGAGAGGCUGGAGGAUGUGGUCUACAACCAGUUAAACGGUUUGGCAAAGCCCAUGGGGCUGGUGGAGGGACCCGGGGGCCUUGGCCAGGGGGGAGCAGCCGCCACUCUGGGAGAAGAAAGCCAUGAUGCCGAGGGGAAGUAUGAGGAGUACGGCUACAACGCUCAGCUCAGUGACCGCAUCUCCCUGGACAGAAGCAUCCCAGACUACAGGCCUAAAAAGUGCAAGCAGCUGACAUACCAAGAGGACCUUCCUCAGAUCUCUGUAGUCUUCAUCUUCGUGAACGAGGCGCUGUCGGUGAUCCUGCGAUCCGUCCACAGCGUGGUCAACCACACACCAGCGCACAUGCUCAAGGAGAUCAUCCUGGUGGACGACAACAGUGACAGUGUGGAGCUGAAAUUCAACUUGGACCAGUAUGUGAACAAACGCUACCCUGGCCUGGUGAAGAUUGUGAGGAACAGCAAGCGGGAGGGCCUGAUCCGAGCCAGAAUACACGGCUGGAACGCUGCCACGGCUCCUGUGGUUGGCUUCUUUGAUGCCCAUGUCGAGUUCAACACUGGCUGGUAA